UCAUGACAUUGCUUGCUCAGACAUUGCUAAAGCAGCCUUUUCAUGGUUUGUUUGUUUUUAAGGGAAAGGCUCUGCACCGUCAGCUUGCUGGAAGGAUGUUCGCUAGCUAUGAUUGCACCUCACCAAAGUAAUGGGCUCUCCUACUGCCGUCAUUUGCCGAUGCUUCUUGAUGUGACAUAGGCCACAUGACUGGGAUGUCCAAAUGGCAAGUGUUGACAGGUAAUGGUCACUAGAAGAAGGCUUCCGUUGUUUAUCAUGGUGCUACUGAAAGUCUACUGGGAGCUGACAGAUGCCACUCCAGAAGGUUAAUAAGAUGAAGGCAGCUCCUCCAGCUGGACCAUAAGAGGGAUUAUGUCUGAGCAGCAGAUAAACAGCUUAUUCCAGAAACAGACACUGCUUUUUUUUCUUCUUGUUUAAACUUCGUCACUCUUCUCCGAAUUCUCACUCCAGUUCUACUUUCAUUCUCUCUGGGUUAUAGGUGUGAGCUUGAGAAUUUGCUCAGGUUUUCUGCAUCCACACCUGUUAUUACACAUCAGGCCAGAGAGCAUUCUAAAAACGACUUGGGGUUUGGCAACCCCUUUCGGGGGGGUGGGAAACGCAGCUAAUAGGAGGUUUUGUUCCUAAAGUCAGUCCAACGUAAGUUCUGUUUCCUGAAUAACCAGCCUUGAACAUUGUGAAUGAUAAAAAAGCAGCAUGCAUCUGAAAAGUGGAUUAAUAUUUCUUAUAAUUUGGCUCGCGCUCCAAGUUCAAGGAAGCAAAGAAACCCCUAAUAAAAUGAAUCGCGGUGAAGCAAAACAUCUUGCAGAUGCUUCAGGGUCUGAAAAGUCAGAAAGAACAACAAAGAGGUCUAAAGUAUCCACCAUCCGAAGGAUAUUUGAUAUGGCGAAACAUCGAACAAAGAGGUCUUCUUUUUUCCCAACUGGAGUGAAGGUUUGCCCUCAAGAGUCAGUGAAGCAAAUUUUAGCAAGCCACCAAGCUUAUUAUAGGCUAAGAGUCUGCCAAGAAGCUGUAUGGGAAGCCUUCCGGAUCUUUCUGGAUCGGAUUCCAGAUGCAUCAGAAUACCAGAAUUGGGUCACUGCCUGUCAACGAGACACUUUCUGCAUAUUUGACAUUGGGAAAAAUUUCAGUAAUUCUCAGGAGCAUCUGGAGAUAAUUCAACGGCGAGUAAAACACAGAACCUUCCAGGAUAGAAAAGAGGAAAUUUCUACAGAGAAAACUAGUGGCAAAAAAAUUGAAGAACCUUCUGUUGCUACAGCAGCCCCUACAGGCCCCGUUGUCGAUGACACCAAAGUUCCUGUGAAGGAGCCAAAGCCAGAGGUUCCGAACAUAGUCCCUGAACGUCCUGUGGAGCAGAUGGUGGAGUUCAGUGUGACCCUCACUGACCAGGAGUAUACUCCAGAACUGAGUGAUCCUACAUCUCCUCAGUACCAGAAACUAGCUGAAAAAUUUCAGCUUCAAAUGCAAAAGAUAUUUGAGAAACUUGCAGGAUUCAAAGAAAUCCGUGUAUUAGGAUUUAGACAGAAGAAGGAAAAAGAUGGGUCAAGCAGCACGGUAGCUCGGUAUGUCAUCAACUUUGAGAGAGAGGAGUCCGAAGUUAAAGGUCCUGCGGAUGACAUCUCAACUAUCAGCUCCAACAAGAUUGAAAACGAAAAAGGUUCUAUUAGUACGGAGGGCGAGAUACCAGCAACUAAACCGAGAGUGACAGACCUUCAGCAGAUGGUUGCCAUGGCACUACAGGAAGAUAAGUCACUGUCAAUGGAUCUUGGGACACUUCAGUUUGCUGACGAAACCAUUAGGCCAUCAAGUGACGUAGAUAAUGAUAUCCAAUCCAUGGUAACCGAUGGUGUCGCUGGACUUGGGUUGGAGGUUAGCGAUGAGGAGAGUGAAGAUGAGAAGAUGAAAGACCAGAUCCCCAGCACAGACUCAACAAUCCUCCUUGAUCAAGAUGUAAAGAUUACUGAUGAACUGGAAUCUUCAGGCGAUGAGAUUUUGGCUGCAAUUACUACUAUACCAUAUGUCAUUGGUUCUCCUGCUCUUCCCACCUCUCUUCCCGAAGAUGAUAUUUUGGGGCCUACAGAUCAGAUCAUUUUAUUGCCUGCUGUAACUACCAGUGGUCCUUCUGUUGUCAUUGACCAAUCUUUCGAAGCAACAAGCUCUGGGUGGGCAGUGACUGACGGUGACAUCCCUACAGGAUUUGACAUGGGGGUGCAAGAUAUUGCUACUGAACUAGAUACGGUUGACAUCAUGAGGCCAGCAACAAUUAGUGAGGAUGGAAGUGGCUACUAUGCACUGCCUGAAACUCUGGAUAUGACUCCAGCUCCUCCACUGAAGUACGUAACCACCAGCUCAAUGACAACUGCAGCCAAAGGCAAAGAGCUAGUAGUCUUCUUCAGCUUGAGAGUAACCAACAUGCGGUUUUCCGAUGACCUCUUCAAUCGGAGUUCCUCAGAAUACAAAGCACUCGAACAGCAGUUCAUGCAGCUGCUUCUUCCUUACCUACAGUCCAACCUAACAGGCUUCAAGCAACUGGAAAUACUGAACUUCCGCAAUGGAAGUGUGAUUGUCAACAGCAAAAUGAAGUUUGCCAAGUCAGUGCCGUACAACAUCACAGAGGCUGUCCAUUGCGUGCUGGAGGAUUUUUGUGACGCAGCAGCUCAGCGCCUUAACCUUGAAAUUGACAGCUAUUCCCUUGAUAUUGAGCCAGCUGAUCAAGCGGAUCCUUGCAAGUUCAUGGGAUGCGACGAAUUUUCACAGUGCGUGAAGAACGACUGGACGAAAGAGGCCGAUUGCCUUUGUAAGCCUGGUUAUGUACGAAGAGAUGGUCUGCCAUGCCGUAGCCUGUGUGAAAUUGAGCCACACUUGUGUGUUAAUGGUGGCAAGUGUGAAUUGGUUCCAGGAAGAGGGGCAGUGUGUAGAUGCCCAGCCCGUAGAAACAGCCGAGGGCGUUGUGCAAAAUACGCUCCAGCACCUACCCGGUCCAACAUCUCCAAAGCUUUGAUGCUUGGCUUAUUAAGCCUAGUUAUUCUUCUCGUCACUUUAAUAUAUAAGUUGCGAAGAAAAUGCAAUACCAAGCCUAAACUGGAAGGUCCUCCUCUCAGCCAAAGCAACACAGAGAAUGCUGUCAGAAUUAAUCCUGCCUUUGACCACCAUGAACCCAUCAGUAGUUUGUGUCAUGGGCCAUGUAACGUAAGUGCUUGUAUCAGUCCUUCAGAGAGCAGUGAUCAAGGAGCAUUGCAAAAGCAUGAGCACAGAACAGAGCAUGGAGGCCACCUGAUACAAAGCAAAGACUGAUGAGUUAGUAUCUGACGCCCUGGAUUCUAGGCAACAGUCAGCGGACAUAAAGAUUUUCACCAAGAGGACUGCUGGUUAUACCAAGUUCACUCACCUGGAUAAAUGGAGUCUUUGGGGGAGGAGGGAGGCAACAACAAAGCUUCAGAAGGCAACCAAUACUUUUUUUCCAUAACAGUGAACACAUUAACUGAAGUUUAUAUCUGAGUAAAAAACAAGAAGGUGGCUGCACCUAUUUUCCGUCAAAACUGUUGUCCUCCAUUACAUAAUAUCCAUGUUAUCAUGAAUGCAGUGCUAAAUGUAUUUAAUAACUGUACAGUGUUUAUAUGAUAAAUAUUUUUAUUUUAAAGCUUAGAUUCAGAUGCAGAAGUCUCUGCUGGAAAAGUUACCAUCGGUGGUAUUCUAUCCCAAAAUAAAUGAACAGAAAAGUGGCCGACACAUAUACUAACUACUGGAAUGGUUGUCAGUUAUGUGGUAGUAACUGUUUUAUUAUAAUUACUGGAGAAUCGUAUUGAAGGCUUACAAUGGGGUUUUCAGCCCCAAACACCACCACCAGUGAUUAUUUAAGUCUUUAUUAAAUUUGUUAGUCACUUUCUCUUGUUCAGGGCAACCUAAAGUGACCUACAAUCAGACAGACAGAAACUAAACCCCACAAUGCUGUUCUUUUACAGAUAUAAAGACAUUAAGUGGACAUUUUUAUUUUAACUAUAAUUGCUAAGAGAUUUUCCUAUAUGCUUUUGAGAAUCGGCCUGUAAAUUUUAGGCUGUGUGUAUAAGGGAUGUGUUUGCUAUCAUAUAGUUGUGAUAGAUUGCAGUAAUUGUUUUUGUUCGCACAGAACAGACACCAAGCCACUAAUGUGGUGUGAUUUGUUACUGUACAAGACUUCUCAACUAGCAACAUGCAGGCACAUCUAGUAAGAUUUUUCAAAAAAUGGACACACACACACACCCCAACUACAACCCACACUUCUGUGCUGGGUCAUUUGUCUAAAUGGAACGAUAGGUUGUGCAGAACCUUCAAUGCACGCUAAGCACUGCAUAACUGGUAGUGAUCCGAAUUGCUUUCAGUAAAAACAAAGUGCUUCAGGUGUCUGCAGCAAAUAGGGAGUAGAGACUUGUUAGAUAGGUUGGUGCAUGUGUGUAAUCCUACAACCAGCCAGGAAUAUGCAUGAGCCUCAAUUUCAAAUAUUCUACAGCAGCAAGAGAUGAGGAAGCGCAGCUUAGAGGUCCUUCUUCACCCCAACCCCCAGAUGUACAGACUAUCCAAAGCCAGAAUUAUUUAAAGUUAGGUGUGCCUAGGAAGCGAGCACUAAGGGGAAGUCUUUUACUAGGGCUAGCAUUGCUUCCUUUCUUUUUUGGAGCGGCAGGUGUUUUCCUUUAAUUAUCAAGUGCAUUUCUGCUCUGGGUAUAAUCCUAGUGCCCUGAACCGUCUCUCCUUCCUGCGUGCAUUUAGGCAAUACAGCUUAUAUAAACAAUACCAUGGCUAAUUGCUUCUCUUAAAUGUUUACUCGGAGCCAAUACCUGUAAGAGUUGAGCUAACUAAUCUUCAUCUAUUUAUUUUACGGUGUCAAGAAAGUCGCCUGCCAAGUUAUAUUCUCAUAUGGGCUUGUAGACGCCGCGUUAGAGGUAGUCAGCCGCCUCAAGGUAAAAAAAAGAAGUUGAGUUUACAGUCAAGUAUAACAUUAUUUAUGUAUACAUGGAGAAGAUCUCAUCUUAAGGAAGUCAGUGAGGAAGCUUACACGGACGCCAAGGUACCAUUGCACAGCCUAGAUGACAUCUUUAGGGCAUAUAUCUGAAGAUAUCCCACUAUACACCAGGCACUAUUGGAGGUUGUGUAAGUUAAUAUUCCUCAUUGUAUUCAAUAUAUUUUCAUUUCAGAGCUAUUUUUUUUUGUAUAUGUUUAUUCAUACCAAUUUCUAUAAGAAAAACAAUAGAAAUCGUUUUUACAUGUCAGUUUUAAUAAUGAAACAAUUGUUCUUGACCAUAAUUUAUCAUUUUCAAAUAUUAAUUACCAAAUAUCUUUGCUGGAUGAGAGAAUGUUUUGUAUUUCAAUAAAAUAAUAAAAUAUUUAACUAGAGUGUAG